UUGCGGACUAAAUUAAACUGGUUGUAUAUUCUUCAGGUUUGUGUAUGUCUUCUUGGAGCAUUGCUGUGAUUGAUUUUAUUGCUGUUGUUGCAUAAUUGGCUGCAAAUUGCAGUAGAUGCAUAUUAUGUACUGCACAUUAUUGCUAAGGAACCCAAUAUGAACCUGUUGCAGUUGGUUUUUUUUAAUAAUCACACAGUGCUUGUGCUGUGUAAGCGAAAGGGUUUGAAAAAGUUCAUUCAUUACAGGAAAAGGGAAAGAGGAAAAGACUGAGCAGACACAUUGUCUGGUACUGACAGUUAUUUAAGUGGUUGUAAUAGAGGUAAUAAUUUUACCAUGAUCAAGUUGAUCUCCCAAUUUCCUGAUCUGACGCUGAAACUUUAACAUUAAAUGAGACAAUCUACCAUUAUCAAAUAUGAGUAAAGCCAAGAACAAGAAUCUACUGUAAGUGCUACUAAUGCGUGCAAGAGUAUCCUAAUGGCAAAAAAUGUGAAUGGACUGUGUUAGUUGACACACUAGUCCAGAAUAACAUGCAUGGAAACGGAAGCCUGACCUCCAACAGUGCCUCAAUUGUGGCAGCAGGUGCUGGUAGCCACACUGAGAAAGAGAAUUUGUCUGUAACAUCACAAUCGCCGUAAAAAUCCUACACUUGAGCUCUGAUUGGUCCAAUUCUUAUCUCAGUCCUGCCCCAUGCGUAUGACGGGCAUUGAUCAUUUUCUGCAUAACCUCUUCGCACAUGCACAGGCCUGCCAUUGUCGAUGCUGGCUGCGGUGACUGAAGCGCCAUUACCUCUCAAAUCUAAUAAGAUUCGCCUUAAGUGGAUAACAAGCGUGUCUCCGGCAUUUACAGUAGUGAGAAAGCCGGAGCGCAACCGUCACAAUCUGCUGUCACACAAACAGAUGUGGUGUGCAGCAACGCUGGCAUCCGUCCUGCUAUAGUGGCAAGAAAUGUUGAUUGGCUAACAACUGGCAUCUUGUUUGGCCUUGAGACGUCAGAUAAGAGCUCUUAGUCACUACUGACAAGUCGACUAUUGUGAUGAGCCAGUUAUUAGUUAGGUGGGCGAGUGAGGAAUGAUGGCUCAUCUAGCUGACAAGGGGGAUUUAAUGCUGAGUUUUAGUAUAAAUGUAAAGCUACUAAAGCCAAAAGUCCCCGUGGAACAGAACUAUUGUGUUGUAGUUGACGUUUGACCCCUGAAAAACCUUUACUGCUGCCAUCAGGAUACCUGAUUUAACACAUUCAAUGACCCCCAGUGAUUUGUAUGUUUAAAAAACAUUUACUUUUUCCUAAAAAAUAUAAAGAGGAUUGAAAUUGAGUUCACGCCAAGGUUUUGUUGUUACAGCCUUGCUCUAACAUGCAUGACCACAGGCUAACUGGAGAUAAUUGUAAGUGACUGAGUUAACUGACUCAACUAUGCUUCUGAAAGCGUGUCUUCACUGUGACCAGCAGUGGUUACAGUCAGAAAACAUCUCCUACCAUGUCUACCAUUUCUUCAGUUUACAGUACUUAUGACUGUAGGAAACUGCCACAGAAAGAUUUUUGCUUAACUGGGUUCCUUCUAUUUCCAACUAAUGUGAUGAGGUCAGUCAUAAUAACAAUAUGAGCCUAUAUUGUACUAUUUUGACCAGUCAAUAGCAUGUUUAAAAGACAUAUGCAUAACAGACAGACAAGGGGACCAUUUACAGCUAACAAAGACUAACAUUAUACAAUCAACGUCAACAAUACAUGUAUUAUUGCUAAGUACUCUAAAAAUGGCUUUACAGGCCGUAAACUAAUAAAUCAUACUAUAACAGUGAGCACCGUUGUGAGCCUCAGAGGCCUGAGUAAAUUGGAUGUUUUGAGGUGUGAUGUUCCUUCUGGAAAUAGCGGCUUUUUGUAAUGAAGACCUCAAAAUAGCUUCUUGUUGUUUGGGAGAAUAACUAUUCUAAAGUGUCUUUACUGAAACCAGUGAAUGAAUAAAAAGACAUGGUUAAAACUGGCAUUAGAGGAGUUAUUUAAAACCCCCAAUGGGGAACAAGGGUCAAUUGUGCUGCCACAACCCCUGGAGCAGGCCGGGUAGAACUGGACGCUGACAGCCGAUUGGUCACCCAGUCAGAAAGGGGCGGUCCGGCUGAAUUAGUGAUAGUAGCUAAAGUCAGAUAUCCUGCAGUGAUCAAACCCCGGGUGAUCUGACAGUCCAGCGUUUGAAGUGAUUAUCAUGCUAGGCGACAUGCUAAUUAGUUCACUAAGGGCCCUUUAAAAGUCAUCGGUUGGGGACUUGGAAGGGACAGACACUCACUGAGCAGUCAGCACAUUACCAGGACAGCAGCUGCAGCAGCAGGCUUGGAUACCUAAAGUUGACUCACUGCCACAAAACAUCCAAGACUAUCUGCUGUUUUUGAGAAUGCCACACUUAACUGACUGCAGUUACUACACAAUGCGGGACGCGACCAGAGCUUCAAACGUUCAGAGCCAUCUGGAGAACUCCAAAUUCCACCUCCACCAGACUCAGAAUCAGCAGGUCAAGCAGUAUCUGACGCUGGGCGCCAAGCUGGCCUCUUCCACCGGCCAGGGCCACACCAUCCCACAUCCACACGCCGCCGGCCAGCCGCUGGCCUCUGUGCCCAUCAUGAGGAACGGACACAUGCCCGCCGUCAGCGACGGCAGCAGCCCCAACAGCCCCGUCACCCUGCUCACGCUGGCCAGUCACGACAGCGAGUUUCCAAUGGAUGAAGUUAUUGAUGACCUAAUUAGUCUUGAAUCCGGUUUCAAUGAUGGAGGAUUGGAUUGCAUGGAGGCUAACAUAAUGCAAAACAACGUGUCCCUCAGCAGCAGCAUGCUGGACGUGUAUGGGGGUGAACAAGGUAUGAACGCCCCUAAUGGUGGAAUGAGUCCCACAUCUAACCCCACAAAGCUCACUGUUAAAAGGGAAUACACAGAACACGACACAAGGGUGAUGGCCAAAGAGAGGCAGAAGAAAGACAACCAUAACUUGAUUGAAAGAAGACGGCGAUACAACAUCAACUACAGGAUUAAAGAGCUGGGGACGCUCAUACCAAAGUCAAAUGACCCCGACAUGCGGUGGAACAAAGGCACCAUCCUGAAGGCCUCGGUGGAGUACAUAAGGUGGCUGCAGAAGGAGCAGCAGCACGCUCGGGAGCUGGAGGGUCGGCAGAAGAAGCUGGAGCAGGCCAACAGGAGGCUGCUGCUGAGGAUCCAGGAGCUGGAGAUCCAAGCACGGUCCCACGGCCUCCCGAACAUGGCUGCAGCCAUGGGCACGGUGGAACUCUCCUCCCACCUCCUCAAACAGCAGCAGCAGCAGCAGCAGCAGCAGCAGCAGCAGCAGCAGCAGCAGCAGCAGCAGCAGCAGCAGCAGCAGCAGCAGUCGUCUCCCCAGCAGGCCCAGCAGCCGCCUCUCUACCAAGAGGACCCCAACAGCGACUACCUCCAUAGGAUAGCUGCGGUGGCCGGCGCGCCGUCCGCCCCCUCGGCCGCUGGGCCGCAGGACCACCUCGCCGCCACCGACGGCUGCACCACCUUCUCCGACCCGCUGUCCCACUUCACCGACUUCUUCAGCGCCACGCUCAAGGAGGAGCACCCCCUGGAUGAGAUCCUGAUGGACGACCCACUCUCACCGUUCGGCGCCGACCCGCUGCUGUCGGCCGGCUCGCCCGGAGCUGCGUCCAAGGACAGCAGCCGCAGGAGCAGCUUCAGUUCGGCGGAGGGCGAUGACCUAUAAUGGGGGGGGGGGGCGCUUCUGUGAAUAGACACUCAUCAUGACAACACUGCUGCCACACGCAGAGCCCUUUGAACAGUGGGCUGUAGCUCCUGCUGUACAAUAAUGACAACUCACAAAUGACCGCUGACACAAUUGAAGGCGCCACGCGCAUAAACAGUGUUCCCCAUGGAUUUCCUGUUCCCAACCAGUGGGUCUCUCUGCCUCCCGGACCGAGCGGGAUCAGACUAACCAGAAAAAGGGAGACAUUUAGCUCGCAUGUACAUAACGUAACUGACUUUUCUACUACUGAGGCAGCCGAACACUGCAUCGCGUGUGACGGCCUCUGACGACGUGCCAAGCAAUCCUGGAUCAAUACUGCACUACCACAGCUGCAGCUUUGUGACGUGCCUUAUUUGAACUCACAGUUUUGUCUUAAAAAAACACAUGAGCAUGUAACAUUUGUAGCCGCAUCCAUGUCUAACAAGCCUCCGUCUUGUGUGUGUUGUUAUUAUGUAUUUAUAUACAGUAUGCUUUAAUCCAUGUAUUCAUACAGAAGAUAUAUAUUAUUAUCUAAUGUUUUUUUUUUCUGUUCUUAGUCGGGGUGGGAAAAUAUAAUAAACCCCCUUUUUUGAUAUACUUGCUUUAGGAUUCUUUUAAACUUAUACAUGCAGCUCCGCACAUGGACAUGGACACACACACAAAGCAUGACAUAAAAUGUCCAGUUGUUUACUGAGCGCACUGACCAUGCUGCAAAACAACAGGGUGAACAAGUGGUCGUAAGUUCGACAGUAGAGAGUGAAGGAAGCGCUUCCAAGGUGGCUGAUUGGCAACGAGCAGCGGAGAAGAGAAGAGGGCAAGGAAAUUGGAUAAUAAAGACAAGGAGAGGAGCAGUAAUAAUUCUGAUGAGCCUACUGUGAGCUGAUGAGCCCUUGAGGACGGAUAAUGGUGAAGGAUAAAGAGUUGCGACGAGGGCUGUUAGCUGAAACUUUCCCUCUAGGUAAGCAGGCGAGGACAUGCGUCUCUCCACUCGCUGUGACGAUGAAUAAAGUUUGCUGGCGAACAUCUGUUUGUGGCACAGUGAUACAAACUCUGACCUCAUUAUGAGGCUUAAAAACUUGUUUUGUGUAGUCGGAUCAUUCGUCAGAGUGUAGUUUUCCAAUCUUGAAGUCAUGCAUUAAUAAUACAACUAACAGACUGGUCUGAAAACAUGCCAAUACUUCCCUAAUGAAUUUCCCAUCAAAGCCUCCAUGAAUUAAAGUUUUAGCAUUA